CUAUGGGUCUAUGUAUACUUCCCAGCAUUAUCCCCAGAGUUGGAGGUGGCAGGGCUUCCCAUGACCCCAUACUCACUGGUAUUCGAGGGCCCGCACUGGCCGAGACCCCGAGAGACCCUCAUUUACCUGCGACAGUACUUUGACACUGUGCGGCAUUCGGAGAUCUCAUGGCAGCCUUGGGCGCCCCUGGGUGAUGGUCUCCGACUUCAGUAUACCGGAGGGUCAGACAUCUCCCAGUAUAGGGUCCUGCUCGAAGGGCCGGUUGGCAGGGCAUGGUUCCUGGGGGAACGCUUUCUGUGUCAGGUAUGGGGGUAUCUUUCUCAGGAUCCUCCCGCAGUACCCCCAGUCAGUAUGCGGACUGCUGACAGGCUCUCUUACUCGGAGGUAGUCGGCGCUAUGCUGGGUAGCGAUGCUUUACUAUAUCUUGAGGAGGGGGACUACGCCACUUACCGUCACAUAUAUUUGAUGCCUCCAUUGACGGGAGCUCGCACCCCGAUGACGAGGCCUGCCGGUAUGUCAUCCUCGGGCCAGGCUCGGGCUCGGGCUGCAGACGCCCCUUCUACUAGUAGGGCUGGUACAUCUAGAGGUGGGGGUAGACCGGUUCCUCCGAUUCCGUCGACUUAUCCUCAUCCUGGAUGGCCAGAUAUGCCGACUGAGUUGAUGGCGUGGCAGUAUGGGGCUAUCUCUCCGACCCCGAUCCCGCUAGAGCCUCCGAUGCCCAGUGAUCGAUACGCCAUUGAUCCUGACUCACCGCUGCCACCGCGAGGGUACAUGGAGGAGGUGGUUGGACUGGUGGCCACACUCGAAGGCAUGGUCCUGCAUAGGGAGGCACAGUUGUCUGUCGCGGGCAUUCAGAUGCCUUCAUGGUCCAGUCAGCCGCAGGCCAGGCCACCUGGGCCUCCUUGGGGAGCUGGGCCAUCUGGGCCUUUUCAGGGAGUUGGGUCACCCGGGCCUUUUCAGGGGGCGAGGCCAUCUCGGCCUUUCCGAGGAGCCGA